GCCCGUGCCACGCCCCCUCCUGUGCAUUAACAAACCUGUUGGUCCUGCUGCUGGUGCUCGUUUCGUUUCGCUUGGUUUCGCUCUGUCGGUUCGGUCCUGGAGAACGUGAAUCUCACCUUUCUCAUUUUCAUCUCGGGUCGGAUUCGAAAGGGUUGAUUGAGGCGAAAAAUGUCUGCCCUGGGACGAGUGCUGAUUUACGGAGGCAGAGGAGCCCUCGGAGCCUCUUGCGUCGCCCACUUCAAGGCCAACAACUGGUGGGUCGGUUCGAUUGAUUUGGCCAACAACGACCAAGCCGAUGCAAACAUUUUGGUCCAGCCCGCAGACUCUUGGAAUGACCAGGAAUCAUCAGUGGUGAAGGCAGUCGGAGACUUGCUCGGAAGCGAAAAGUUGGACGCCGUGAUUUGCGUCGCGGGCGGCUGGGCCGGCGGCAACGCGGCCUCCGCGGACCUCAUCAAGAAUUCAGACAUGAUGUGGAAGCAGAGCGUGUGGAGUUCGGUCAUCGCCGCCUCCGUGGCCACCAAAUUCCUCAAGGACGGCGGCGUCCUGACCCUCCCCGGCGCCAAACCCGCCCUUGGCCCCACUCCAGGAAUGGUCGGCUACGGAAUGGCCAAGGCGGCCGUCCACCAGCUGACCAAGUCUCUGGCUGGGGACAAAAGUGGAAUGCCGGCCAACUCGCUGGUCGUGGCCACCCUGCCGGUCACCCUGGACACGCCCAUGAACAGGAAGUUCAUGCCCAAGGCCGACACGACCACCUGGACUCCGUUGGAAUAUGUUGCGGAGAUGUUCUUCAAGUGGUGCAAAGGCGAGAGCAGACCUCCGAACGGCAGUCUCGUCACUCUGGUCACCAAGAAUUCCGAGACCGAGCUGGUUUUUGACUGAAUCUCAUCAAGGUGCACAUCAAGACGACCAAUCGCUGCUUUUGUUUUUCAAUUAACCCAGUAGAAAUGUCCAUCAGGAGUGAAUGAAAUUAAUUUUGUCAAGAGCAUUCCAUGACAAUAUGUAUCGCAAACACCAAACAUCAUCACAACUCACUUGAAUAUUUUUGUGAUACUUUGUUGAACAUUUUCCCUGAAAAGGUUGUGUACGAUUAUUUAGGUCUCUGCAUUAAAUUUUUGAGCAAUAAA